UCCCUCCAAGCUGCCAGUCCUUGGCUCCAAGUCAGCUCCUCCCAGACCUGCUCUGCUCUGGCUCCCCGAGGACAGCAGACAGCAGGAGAGCUGUCUUCUCCCCACUCUGGACCCUAGACAGACUGUAUCACAUCAUUCUGGGAAGGCAUCCAAGCACUCGUGAGAUGAAAAGCUCUAGAUGGAAUCUGGAUUUGCACCCUGAAGUAAGGCAGGAUGUCCCAAAACAUGGUGACUGUCAAUGGAGUCAGUGUGGCCUCUGUGUCCUCCCAGCCCACGCACAUCAAUAUCCACAUCCACCAGCAGUCAGCUCUGACACAGCUGCUGAAGGCAGUGGGAUCCCUGAAGCAGUUUCUUUCUCGCCCUCGGGACUCUGGGCCUUCCAAGGCCAGGACAAAUAAGGAGCAGCUGGUUCUAGGGGUGUCGCAGAUACUGCUGGGGGUUGUGAGCUGUACUCUUGGAGUGAGUCUCUACUUUGGGCCCAGGACUGAGCUGCGUGUCUUGGGCUGUGCCUUCUGGGCAGGGUCUGUGGCAAUUGCCGCAGGAGCUGGGACCAUUGUCCAUGAGAAACACCGGGGCAAACUUUCAGGCUCUGUGUCAGGUCUGCUCACCCUGGCUGGCACUGCUGCUUCUGUGGCUGCCACUGUCUUUUGUGUGAGGAGCUUAAUCUGGCAAACAGACGACUUAAACUACAAGAAGUUCAACUCCGUCUGUAAUGGGCUAGUCCCUGUCACCACAACCACUGCUUACAGAUGGAGGGAUGACAACUCAUACUGGAGGACAGAGCGUUGUAGAUCAUCAAUGAAAAUGACCCUGCACCUCUUCCUGGGAUUCUGUAUCCUGCUCACAGUUGUCUGUAUCCUGAAUGUCAUCGUGUCUUUGGCUUCCCUGGGAUUGCAUCUUCAGAGCAAGCGUGGUCAAAGCUCUGAGUUCCUAGAUGAGGAAGAGUCAAAUCAGAAGCUCCUGAGGGUGAAUCCAGUGACCCCUUCUACCUCCAAGGAGGAGACCCUGACUGUCAUAAACCUGUGAGCAGCUGAAGACCCUGCCUAGGUUCCUCCGUGUUCCUGUCAAAGCAGCUCCGGGCCCAUGCGAUGACAGAACUGUCCCCAGGACCUCUCCUGGCCCCACGCCUCACGCUUGCCUCUGCCACAGCCGCUGUGCAGUCCUCCUUCUUCUCUUCCUGCUUCCUCACCCACUGUUCCCCUCUGGUGUCCUCUGUUCCAGGAAGAGAUAUUGUCACAUUUUCCCUAAUGCUCAUUAAACAGAAAAAAAAAAAAAACAGGAAAAAUA